UCAGCGGUGGCACAAACCUUCCAUCGGUGGUUGAGUCCUUCGGAGGACCUUCGUUUUCGCGUUUGUGCGGAUGUAGAAGUGAUGUUUUGUAGUUCCAACGGAAUAAUCCCGAUCCAAUUGCGCCAGUUUCAAUAAGAACUAAGAGGUGGUUAAGUGUGACCGUUUGUGCGAAUUUAUUCGAUAAACUCUCGUCGUCGCGGGUGCUAAUUGACGAUUGGCAAACAUAUGCCGCUUGAGAACAACACUCGCAAAUCAUUUGAUAGUUCCAAUCUGAUCCAGUUGCUGAGCAGGUAGAACAAGCGUGCGCAGAAGAUGAUGAGUCGAUCGGCAGAAAAAAUCUGGGUCACGCUGAUGGCUCUGGUGAUACUCACCGCAGCUCCAUUUUCCGAGGCUGCCCAUCACCGUUUCGGUUACACUAAACCAGAGCAGCGUCGCUGGGCAAGGGCGCAUCAAAGUUGCGCGGGAAGACAUCAAUCACCGAUCGCCAUUUCGAACAACAGGGCCAUUCCACUGAAUAUGCCAGCCAUUGAACUGGUCGGAUACAACAAUCUUCUUCCAGGACCAAUUACCUUACAUAACAAUGGACACUCGGUUUCGCUCGAUAUCCCAAAAUCUGAACGGGGCACCCAUCCUUACAUUUUCGGAGGUAAAAUGCUGAACGAGUACGAACUGGAGGGGUUGCACUUUCACUGGGGGGAUAAAAACAACCGCGGGUCGGAGCACGUGCUAAACGAUAUCAGAUAUCCCCUUGAAAUGCACAUCAUCCAUCGCAAUAAGAAGUACAAGACCGUUGCCGAAGCACUGGGAUAUUCCGACGGUUUAACGGUGCUCGGAUUCUUGUAUCAGGUCACCGAGCACGAGAGUCCCGAGAUAGCCCACUUGCUGCGAAGCUUUCCCAUGAUCGAGGAAUUUAACAAUCAGGUUCAGCUGAAUUUUACAUUCACUCUCAACUCGAUUCUCGGUGAUUUGGAUCUGACACGGUUCUACACGUACAAAGGCUCGUUGACGACACCACCCUGUUCCGAGGCAGUUACCUGGGUUCUCUUCCCAGACCUGCUCAGCAUAUCUAUCAUGCAAAUUCGUCGGUUUCGAAUGCUUGAUACUAGCUUACAGGGAGUUCCGAUGGUCGAUAACUUCCGAGCACUACAACCAGUGGGUAAUCGGCGGAUUUUCGUUCGAAAAGUGAACUCACGCAACACGGCACUAAGUGAGCUGACGAGCGAUAUCGACUAUACGCGAUGGGAAUGGGUCCACUAACAAUGCAGAAAAGUUGUUAGAUAAUGAACUGUUAAAGCUACAACUCAUGUAAAGUAAUAAAAGAUCACAGCUUAAUUCAAUAAGCACGAACUAAACUAGUUGGUAUUGUUAGAGUAAGUGUAAACGUGUUCGCAUAAAAGUUAAAAAUAUUACAUGUAGAUACUAGCUGAUUGAAAUAUUCUUAGAUUGUAACAAUUUUCUCAAGCAAUAGAACAGUUAAAUUCUUAAAAAAUAAAUGAUUUAUUUUGAAUUGAUAUAGGGCAGUAAUUUGUAAAAUCGAAUAGAUUAGAACAUGAAUUUUAUUCAAACAAAAUGGAUCGAAUUUAUUCAACAUCGAAUAAGAAACAUUGUUUGUUUUCUCUGAAGGGUUUUGUUCUUAUCACUAGGUUCGUCAUUAUUAACAAGCCAUAGAACCUUAAAACGUAGUUAAACAAAAUAUAGAAAACCUAAAAAGUAACGAGAGCUGAGCACAGCAAAAUCAUUUUAUCGUAAAAAUAUAACAACAAAUGCGAAAAAAACAUAUGGUCCUUCAAAUGUGAGAAGUUUUGCGUUUGUCCUUUACCUGUAAGAAGAAAAAACACAAACGUCUCAACAAAUUCAAUUCCGUGUUCUACUCUACUAAGGAAACAGAACUUUGCAAAAUCUUCCUCUGCAACCUGCUUUUCAAACCGGGCGAACACUCACCGAACGUUUCAUCUCUUGACAGGUGUGCUUCACCGGUGUCUCGCGGAA